AUGCCUCGUCCAGACAGAAAGACCGUCACAAGGCAGGUGACCCUGAUCUCAGACCAGGUCGAUCCAUCUACCAUGCCCGCUGCAAAGCGUGCAAAUGCAAAGGCAAGGGCUGCCGCCAAAAAGAAGGCAAAGCGCGCGUUCCGGCAGCCCAAGAGUACCGUCGGAAUCCUAGUGACAGAAGAACUUCAGACUGCAAUAGAUUCGUGUCGUGAAAGAGUUCGGAAUAUCGCCAAAAUGUGCAGAGCACGAAACCAAAAGUUUCGGGAUCCCGAGUUUGAUCUCAGUAACGAUAAAGCCAUGUGUCUCAAGGGACUCGAGGACGUCGAGGGCGAGGAGCUGAAGCCCGCCGACGUGAUGAGAGUUUCGGAGAUUUGGGAUGAACCCCAAUUUACCAUCGAUGGAUUCUCUUCAAGUGAUGUCGCUCAAGGAAACCUCGGAGAUUGCUUCUUCAUUAGCGCAUUGGCCAACGUCGCCACUAUCCCUGGCUUACUCGAGAAGAUUUGCGUUGAACGCGAUGAACAAGUCGGAGUAUACGGCUUCUUGUUCUUCAGGGAUCAUACCUGGAGCCCGGUGAUCAUUGACGACCAACUCUUCGUUCAAGUGCCCAAAUAUGAGUCUUUGACGCCAGACGAGCAAAAGCUUUACCACAACGAUCCAGACCUUUACAACGAUGUAGCUCGAAAGGGCAGCAAAAUACUUUACUUUGCAAAAGGCAAGACAGAGAACGAGACGUGGGUCUCUUUGAUCGAAAAGGCUUACGCAAAGAUUCAUGGAAACUACGCCUAUCUGAGCGGUGGUCGUGCAAUGGAGGCCAUUGAAGAUUUGACGGGAGGCAUUUGUACACAGAUUCCUCUCACCGAUGUGCUUGAUCCCAAGCAGCUUUGGAAUGAGCUCGUUCACAACGCAAACCGUACAAGACUCUAUGGGUGCGCCAUUCACGGAAUCGACAACGAACGCGGCUUGAAUACCAUUACCAAAACCCAUGGACUGAUCGCUUCCCAUGCAUACUCUGUUAUUCGCGCCGUCGAAUACAAUGGCAAGAAGUUUGUGGUGAUUCGAAACCCAUGGGGGACGGGAGAGUGGCGUGGCAGAUGGAGUGAUGGGGCCAAAGAAUGGACGAAGGAGUGGCUGCCGGCGCUGACUUAUCUCCAACACUCCUUUGGCAAUGAUGGCCAAUUCGUAAUGGAGUAUUCCGACUUUUUGCGUCAUUGGUCAGUCCUGGACUGCACCCGCCUCUUCGAUUCCUCCUGGGUCAGUAGCAGCAUCUGGGUCCAGCUCGACAAUUGGACGGCUAUGCAUCCUUGGACAUGGGGCGAUGUAUCUUUCACCAUCUCGGUACCAGAGAAUACACCAGCUGUCAUCGUUCUCCAACAGGCAGACAGACGUUACUUUGAAGAAAUCUCAGGCUAUCUCGUCUUUGCAUUCGACUUUGUUCUUUUCAAGAAAGGAUCCAAGGAAGAGAUUGCUUCUUCCGUGCGGACACAAGGCUGGGCGCGUGGCCAAAGUGUAGAAGUCAAUCUAGAAGCUGGCGAAUAUGUCGUACACGUACGCCUCGAUUCGAUGAUGUGCAAGAAUGCGAAUUAUAUGGAAGAAGGCGCGACCAAGUGGGAUCGUCGCAUCCUCAAGCGCUUGAUGGCUCAAAAGGCGUUUGCGUUCUCCAAAGCCGCGAACUUUAAUAUAGCCUACUGGGAAGACGUCAUCCCAACGACCUUGGAUGCAGUCGCCGGAUACGACCUCACUGAACUCGAGAUCCAGCUCGUCGAAAAGAAGCGACAAGAAGCCCUCCGCAAGAAAGCUAUGCUGACGCCCCAGGCAGAGCUCAAUGAAGAAGCUGCGAUGGAAGUAACGGAUGAGCCAGAGAAUGUCGAAAAUUCAGCGGAGGUAGUACAAAUCGUCGAGAAGACGGAAGAGCCGACCCAGGAGCCACCAGAGGCGGUUGACGUACCGGCCGACUCUACACUCGUCGUCAAGGAGGAGGGUGGCGACACGCAAGAACCUCAAAUCGUACAUAGCGAUUUCAUGUGUGACGUUUGUCAGGUCUCUCCAAUCAUCGGCGUGCGCUAUCGCUGUACCAAUCCUGAGCACCCAGAGUACGACAUGUGUCAGGGGUGCUACGACAAGAAAGAGCACGAUCCGACUCAUGAGAUCCUCGUUAUUUCUCAGCCGCGCUCCGACGAACCUGUCCAUACAUGGUUCUCGUGCAGUAUCUGCAAAUGCGAACCUAUACGCGGCAUUCGUUAUCACUGUCCAAGGCCAGAGUGCCAGGACGAUUUCGACAUGUGUGAGGCAUGUCGAGCAUCGACUGGACACGACCCAACGCACGUCUUGAUGAUGUUCCAGACGCCAUUGACCCUGGAGGAAAUCCAAGGCUCGAUGGCGGCUCACGAAGAGCACGCAGAACAAAUUACAGAACGUGCCGUCCAUGACUCCGUGGCGUGCGACGGUUGCUCUAUGAAUCCAAUAGUGGGUAGUAGAUACAAGUGCAUGGAUGCAAGCUGUCCCAAUUAUGAUUUGUGCGAGGGGUGUAUCAACAAGGGUAUUCAUCCCAUUAACCACCAGAUGCUUCGACUCGAAACGCCAAAGGAGGCACAGCACUUGAACACAGGUGCCUCUGAAGGUGCUUCUUUCGUGCUGGGCCUCAGGGUAUAUACGCUCAAGUCGUCGGUCGCCGUGCUGGGCAGCCAGUUGAAGCAUGGCUCGUUGAGGUGA